AUGGAAGAAGAGGUAAUCUCUCGGCAUCGUAAGGAGAAGAAAGAGCUCCAAGCUAAGAUCCAGAGUCUGAAGAAAAGUGUACCCAAGGGCGAUAGGAGCCGACGCAUCGCCGUACAGCAAGAAAUAUUAGCCUUGGAAAAGCAGCUUGCUGGACGACAAGCUGAAGAAUUGAGGCAGUUGAACUUUUCUCUUGAUGCUUUAAGCAUUGAUACGCCAGAUUUGUCUCUCUCCAAAGAAGGCGGCGAAGCUCCACUUCCAAGGGUAAGCAAAGCUGCCAAACGACGCAAAAAGGCUGCUGCGAAGGCACAAUCUCUUUCUAAGGCUGUUGAUGAGUCUCUUGCCAAGAAUGUUUCUUCAACAUCUGCCCUCGAAUACUCCCAGCUUGAGCGCGCCCUCUUUGAGCGAGGUCUCACACUACACAAAGUAAGUCGUCUGCUUGGCGAAUAUGUUGUUGAUGGGAGUCACCUCCAUCAGCUUCUUACUGGUCUUCUCAUUGUACUAAAGGUUCCCUCCGAUGGCGACUGCCUAUUUGCUUCCGUCGCACACCAAUUAGAGGUCCUGGAUCUAACAGAUUGUUUAGUGGAGGCUUGCAAAAAAUUCAGCGUAGCACUACCUGCCUCUGGAGAUGUGAAAUCCACCGUGCGAUGUCUUCGACUACUUGCCUCUGCAGUGAUUCGACAAAACGAAGAGGACUACCUGCCUUUCAUCUGCUCGGAUUCAGAUCUGGCAUGCAAUUCCGCUACCGGUCGGUUGAGAAGCAAGAAGAGCUUACUUGUCGAUCUCUUUGUCUUAGAGUACUUUUUUUUCGUAAUUCAGUUCUUUUUCUCUUCAGCAAAGGUUGACCUCUACUGUAAGAAUCUUGAGGCACCAGGCACUUGGGGUGGGCAAUUGGAAAUUCAGGCUCUCUCCACCGCUCUGAAAAGGCCCAUUGAGGUUCUUCACAUCGCAGGUCCAGUGAUUCGAUCAGGAGAAAUAUUCUCCACUUCUUGUUACCCACCAUCUCCUCUAGUAAUAACGUAA